GGGCAUGGACGGACCUUGAACCAGCAUAUCAAACCAUGAUGCUGGAUGAGAAAGACGCGUUCCUAUGGAUAGAGACAGUAUGAGCUAAUGUUAGCUUGACAAGGUUGUCACCAAGUUUAAUGGAUUUGGAGUUCCGGGGAACAGUGGAAGCUCGGGGGUGGGUCUACUUGUCGCUAGAUGGGAAAAAUGCUAUGGUCAUAGAAUUGACACUCGGGAAUGCGCCGAGCGAAUUGUUUAAGAAGGCGGAAGCGGAGGUCGUGUGGGCUGCGUGUCAGCGAAGCGAGAUGGAAAUGGAAAGGGUAGAUGUGCGGGUGGAACUUGGGGAUAGGGGAAGCAUGAGGCGACCCGUAAGAACCAUGCGAUGUGUGCUGCCUCCCUUCCUAGUGGAUGCGGUUUUCGGAACUCGGAGCAGGCUAGUACGAAUAUGUCAGUCCAUGACGAACCUCGGGCUAUACCAAUGCGCUAGGCAAGAUUUAUUUCGGUUGUCAGUAGAAAUGGGGCCGUCUGAGGGGAACUGGGUGGACGAACUGGCCGAGAUACUAAGCUGAAAGGGGAAGAUGACUAGAGAAGAAAGGAUGAUGGAAUACCCCUUCAAAGGCUGGGAACCACGGCGACUUAGAGGAGGAAUAGAAAUGCCUAUACCAAUAGGGAACGGAUGGAGAGGGACCACGUGCGAUUGGAUUGGGUUUGAGGUUGCCCGGGACUUGUCAUAUGUAUGGAUAGAGCGAAUUUGGAACCCGAUAAGGGAAGAGGAAGGUUGGGAUGAUUUAGCAGAGGGAAAAGUGGAGUCAGUCGGAACGAUUGUCCUUUCUGAGGAUGGAUGGCACCUGUUUUGCACUAUGUUAGCCAUGGGGCAGGACCUGAUGUGGCUUCUAGAGGAUGCAGAGGCGCGAACCCGGAAGGAAGGCAAGAGGUUCGCCAAUGAAGGGUGGGACGAAGUUAGCAACAAAGUUGUGAUGGGAGGAUGGAAAGAACUCAGGCCUCUCUACCUGCGCAUAACAGCUUGGGUACCCGAGUUCGUGGCUGACUGGUUCGGGGGUUUUGAGUGCAUAGCAGACGUAGCCGACUCCAUGAGGAAAGUACACAUAGAAUGUGUCUGGCUGACCGAGGAGUUCUAUAGGUUCUCCUUAAAGUAUGGGCCCUUCUACGGGGAUAAGGUCGGUGAGGUCAUCACCAUCCUGAGAAUAGGCAAGUACGACCGCCUAGAAAUCAUGAGGUUCCUCAUCGAGAGCGGGAUGCCGUUCAACUGUGCGAAGCUCGAAAGCUUCAAGCGCAUGUUCACGAUGAUCAUCCCGCCGGGGAUUCCCGGGGCGCCCACUCCUAAACUCCCCACCUACCACAUGCUGCGCACGACCCUCUUGGACGAGCUGGAUGCCGAGGUCGAGAAGUGUGUUCACCCUGGUGAAGUCCCUGGACGUGAACUUGAGCGACAUCACAGCGUUCGUGACGGACUCCGCAGGGUGAAUGUUGCGGCGAUGGACGUUUUCCAGAAGGAUGAGAGCGUCAAACACAUCUUCUGGAUUCCGUGCGUCGCCCAUGUCAUGGACCUCAUUCUCGAGGACAUCGGCGGGAUUGAUUGGGUGGCUUCCCACAUAGCUCAGGCGAGGCUGGUGACGAGGUUCUUUAAGCGCCAUGGCCACGCGCGAGAGAUUCUGGAGGGGCACUCGAAGAAGACUCUUUUGCUACCGACAGAGACGCGUUUUGGAACGAACGUCAUCAUGAUGGAGAGGCUGGUGGACCUGCGGGGAGAGCUGACGAAGGUUAUAGGCGACAAACGCUGGCGUGAGAUGGUUUGGUCCACCAAUAAGAUCCGCAAGGACGCUACGGAGGUUACUGCGUGCAUCGGGUCUCCUCCGUGGUGGGAGGAUCUGAUAGCUCUGUAUAACAUGUUGCAGCCAAUCAUAGACAUGUUGAGGUUGGUGGACAGCGACACGCGCCUGAUCAGCAAGAUUUUGCGCCGUUAUGAGGUAAUGAUUGCAUCUUGUUUGUCCGCUUGCAAGGACAUCGAUCGGGAACAGCAGGAUGCUAUUCUGGAGGUGUUUGCCAGGCGACGCACCAUGUUCCGGACCCCUGCCCACACAACAGCCAUGUUGUUGGAUCCCGAGUUCCGGGACCCAACGCUUAUUGACGAUGAUGAGGUGCAGCAGGCGUUGGUCGAGGCCCUUGUCCAGUUUGGCUACCCGAAGGGAUCGCCGCAGCACCGGGAGGUCCGUCGAGGCGUUGGCAAGUUCCACACAGGGGAGCCGCCUUUCGAUGACGUCACCAUGCGGCGGGCGGUGGAUACCUUUGACCAUCCUGCCAGUUUUUGGUCGUCGAAGAGUGCGAAGUUUCCUCACACGGCCGUGUUCGCCGGCAGGAUCCUCCGCAUUUGGGCGACAGCGUCACCGUGCGAGAGAGCCUGGUCUCGCUGGAGCUUCAUUCAUUCAAAGUCUCGGAACAGGUUGGAGGUCUCUCGGGCUGAGAAGCUUGUCAGGUGCCACUGGAACCUCAGGCUGCUCGAUAGACCUGCGUUGCAUGAGGAUGGAACUGGUGAGAGGUCCGACAUCUUCGGGAAGUGGUUGCAUUAUUGGCAGGCCGUGGAGGACGAGGUCCCCGUGGAUCAUCAGCUCGUCAGAGGCAGUGGAGCACGGGUGAUGGGGCGAGGCAUGGACGACGAUGUUGGUCACGGUGGUCGCACCAUGACUCGCAUGACUGCCAUCGUUUUGAAGCGGUUGAGACGCGGGGGCAGAUGGGAUGACAGCAUUGCAUCUCGUGUGCGUAGACGUCGUGUGCACGUCGUGACCAGGACAGAGGCACAUGUCAUGCAGCAGGACCCGGUCGUCAUGUCGGAGGAUGACAUGGGUGAUCAUCCCGCGUCGUUGGCGCAGGAGGAAAGUGGAGCGGUGGUCACUCGUCCCCGGUCGCCGGAGCCGGCUGUCGGCACCGCGGAGGAGACGCAGCUCCAUCGCAUGCCUUCCACAGAUGUUGUCACUUGCGCGGACGGGGCGCCUAGGGCGGAGGUCGCCCCCGCAGGAGUGGGUUUGGAGGACGGGGAGGCACCACCCCCUCCCACGACAGGCGGUGGUUUAGAGGACGGAGAGGUGGCACAUACUCCCGCUUGUGCCCAGGAUGGUCUCGAGUCUGUACGCUACAGUAGAGAGGAGGUGGCGCGUGCGCUGGCGAGCUACGGUUACCGCGCUGAGGAUAUCCACGACACAUUGGCGGGAUACCCAGACAGGUUGCAGCAGGGCGUCGGGCUCCAUUGCCCGCACGGCAGUCUUCCGCGCACUGAUGAGUUACUGGCCAUCGACGCAGCCUUGGCAUGUCUGCCCGAAAUAUCGAUUUUGAUAUCUCCCAGUUUGCCAGACGUGGCGCCACCAAAGGCUGCUCCGCUGGAUGAGACGCAUCACGACACAGGAUCCGACGCGGUCAGCAACGACACGAGACUGCAUCCUUCAGAGGUCCACAGCUCCCCCGCUGGUUUUCAUGUGGGAGGCCCGUGGGCUGUGGAGCAGGGGUUGGCGGAUGAGGUGGCACGGAACCGCCGUGGUGGGCCGCGCGUCACAGCGCAACGCAGUCUGGGAGAGUCAUUAGAGGCAGCAUCCGCGGAUCAUGUGGCGCCUGGGGGUCGUGAGCCCCACCCGGGCCCGACGGCGACGACAGAGGCGCAGGUUCCGGGGGUCGUUCGGUCGGGAGGACGCGAGGGCGUGGGGCGGGAUCUGGCUCAGCCACGGAGCGCAGCUGAUGGUCAGCCCAUCGACGGGGACAGUGAGCAUGGCGGGUCAUCGACCACACACCCUGCUGCUGGCGGGCCCAUCGCACAUGGUGUUCGAGGCGGGCAUGCAGGUGACCCCCGACCGCAUCUGCUGGGGAUUUGUCCACCACCCCCGCACCCCCCCGCUGUCGACCCCGCCGCCCUCGACUUGGAUGCGCGUUGUGCAUUGUCGACGAUGUCUUUCUACGAUGGCGCGUGCACGGACCGGAGGGCGGGCGAUACGGGACAUUCAUCAGCAUGUGGACCAACGGAUGUGCCCGCGGGCUUGCGGUUGAUAGGCCACGUCGAUGGCAGUUGUCACGAGUCCAUGAGAGCUUUCGAGGAGCGGCAUGGGAGGCCCAUACGGGCCAAGACACAGGACGUCCAUGACACCAGGAUGGCAACUGCGAGGCUAUCUCGAGCUAGGAAGAAGGGGACAGGUAUGUCGAUUCCGUAUCACCGGCGCCGCCUGCCACCUAUUUUUCGCUACAGAGAUCAGUCCAGACAGAUGUCGACAGCUGCUGACGGAAAAGCACGGGCAGACGGGGGUGACGAUGUGGAUGGACCACGGCGAGGCGAGAAGAGACGAGGCGGCUAUAGCAUCAUACAUGAUGACAGUUCCACAACCGUUGAGGCUGGCGAGACCACAGGGGCCGACGAUCCUAAUGACUCCGAUUACGUGCCGAGGUUCCGGAUGGCAGAUGGAGAUGACGCGGAUGCCAAGAAAAAGUUGACGUUUGAUGGGGCGAACAUCACGCAAUUCCUGAUAGAUUACGAGAACCCGGUUGCGCUGUUGAAAUUGACCGAAGAGGAGAAGAUGGACCACCUGGGACAACAUGUGUCUUUGAGCCUAGGACGGGACAUAAUGGCCAUCGUAGCCGCAAGCCGAUCUUGGAAAGAAACCCGGGAUGUGAUGAUGAGAAAGUAUCUGGCAACAGAAAAGAUGGCAACGGAGAGCGAUUUAGCGGUAGUCCAGAGAAAGAACUUCGCAAUGAACAAUGAUUUCCUACGGGAGUUUACUUUGGUAGCACUAAAAAUCCGCGGGGUUACGGAUCGAAUAAUGAGUAAGUAUUUCCUCAGACAGUUCUCCGAGUUCGACAAGGACAAGAUCCUGUCGGCUUACCAACAGACGAGCAAAUUUGUAAACACCAGGGACAUUGAUUUCAGUACGGUAACGGAUCUGGCCGAAAAGACGGUAGUGACCGAGACAUUGGCCUUGGUUAAGGAAGGGGAGAUUAUAGACUUGACCAGUAGGACGGGCAACAAGGUAAAAAAGGGGAUUGAAAGCCUACACAAACAGGUGCACGGAGUCGACGACAAGAUUGAAAGGAUGGAGAGCGCGCUACUAGUUAUGCAGCCGCAAGUAUCCCGUCCCCCCCUUCCGCCCCAGGAAGCAGUACUUCCGCCAGGGGUGGCCAAUCGUGGAUUCGGACGGAGAGAUCCCGCUAACGAGCAAUGCAAGCACUGUAUCGCGAUAGGACAUUAUGUGCGCACGUGCCCAAAGCUCAACCAUGAUAUUCUAAAAAGAAGGUGUACCAGGUCAUUAAAGGGGGAGAUAUUUGGACCACAAGGGGAACGGGUGAACUGGAACUCACCAGGAGGGAUGCGGCGAGUUAUUAUCAUGCUCAACGGGCUAGAGAUAACAGCCGUAGAAGCCGAACCGGUGGGCAAGAUCAUCUGGGAUCAACGCCAGGGGCGCGGGCCGCAGGUCAAUUUCGUUUUGGAAAACGAUGGACAUGAUAGGGUGAACGCGAGUACUCGGCUAGGGACGGUUGGGAGAAGGAUUAACCGUGACACCGUGAUGGAGGAGGUUGCUGGAAGUUCGGAACCCCGAGCAGAGCCUGAGGCUGAGGAACCGGAAAAGGUCUAUGGGAAACCUAGGGAAGAGGAGCCUACAGACAAAGUUUCCGCUGCCAAGAAGAAGUUUAGGUACCAAAUCUCGAUUUUAUCCUUACCUGAGAUCGAUGACACCAUUAGCAAGUUACUAGGGACCAUGGUGUCGGUGUCUUUUCAGACUAUGCUGCAGGCUAGCCGUAGGUUGCUCAAAGGGCUUAGACAACUGUUGACCCGGGGGCGAGUAGAAAUAAGCGACAACCCCGAACUACCUGAAGGGGAGAGGGAGGAGGAAGUUCCACAAGAAGUAGCUAACCUUCAGAGGAGUCGCGGGGACUUGGAGGAUCUUGAGAAAGCUUUUGCGAACAUUCGUUUGAGUUUGCCCGACCGAGAGGGCGGCGAGGUCAUGAGGUCACCUCCCAGGAAAAAGCUUAGCUUUCAUGCACUGCCCGUAGGGAAGCUGAAAAUCCAGGUUGGAACUCAUCAUACCGACGCGUUAGUAGACGGGGGGGCAGAAAUCACCCUUAUAAGAAGAGAUUUCGCAACGAUCACGGGAUGUACGGUAAACAAGGAAGUAACAGAGAGCAUCCGGGGGGCUGGCGGGGAAAUCUCGUUCGCUGGGCACGUCACGAAGUGUGUUGUAAAGGCAGGGGUCAGGGAAUCAAUCUGGUCAUUUCAGCGGAUGACCGUAAUGGAGGAAAUGGAUCACGACAUAAUCCUCGGGAGACCGUGGUGCGCGAACGUAGAGAUGAUAGACAUGCACUUGCACGAUGGCUCAUACAUGGUAGACAUAGAGGACCCGGUAACCGGCCGGGGAGAGCUCCUCCGACUCCUUGGAACGGGAGGAGACCCCCCAAGGGGGAAAUUGGCAACAUGGUCGCCGUCAUUCGAGGAUAGCACGCGAAAAGGGGCUUUCACACGAAUGGAGGGUAUGAAAAAAAGGGUAGAAAUCAUGAUUGAGGAAGCGUUCAACAAGGAGUGGAUCAAGAUGGGCCUGCCCCAGAAGAAGAGGAGGCAGGAGGACGAAGUCCUAGGUGUUAUGGUAGCAGAAAAGGAGUCAGAGGUCGAACUUGGUACUAGCCUGCCCAAACGGAAAGAAGUGCUCGUAGACAUGUCGGAAAUCGCACUCGAGAUCCCCGAUCUAUUGCAAGUCAUCAAGGCCCUCAGAUACCACAAGAAGGGACGAGUGGAUGCGAAGUUGAUCCCUCCGGUCAGAAUCCACACGGUAGAACAUGAGUGCUGGAAUGACAAGGGUCCAUCCUAUGAAUUUGGGAUAGCGGGAGAGGUAACAGACCUCCUCCGAGCAAAGAUGGACUCCUUCGUUGCGGAGCCUACGGCAUCGCCAUACGCAAAUCAGUGGUUCGUCUUUCGGAAGCCUAACAAGACACUAAGGUGGAUUCAGGACCUGCAAAAGUUGAAUGCGGCAACCAUCCGGGAUGCUGGCUCGCUACCUUUGGCUGACUUAUUAGCAGAAUCGCACGCCGGUCGGAGCAUUUACUCCCUGAUAGAUCUGGACUCAGGGUAUGACCAGCUUCCAUUGGAUGUUCGGGACAGGCCAUACACCGCUAUGCACACCCCCGUAGGCCAGCUACAGAUGCAGGUGACACCUAUGGGAUUCACAAACGCGGUGGCCGAAGCGCAACGCAGGAUGCUCACCGUGGCCGGGGACAUGUUUCCAGAAAAAUGUGAACCUUACAUCGAUGACAAUCCGAUCAAAGGCACGCCGGAAAAGGACGAGACGGAAGUCCAGCCAGGGAUCCGACGUUUUGUGUGGGACCACCUGCAGGACAUCAACGACUUACUCCGCCGAUUCCUAGUAUACAACAUUACGGCUAGUGGACCAAAGAGUAUCAUAGCAGUACCGGAGGUAACUAUACUAGGAUUUCGUUGCGGUGCUUACGGCAGGAAGCCGGAUCCGGCAAAGACCGACAAGAUAUCGCAGUGGCCGACGCCACUACGUACGACGACGGAGGUAAGGGCAUUUCUAGGCGUGGUUGGCUUUUGGAGGAUCUUUAUUAAGAACUUUGCCAAGAUCGCUGAGCCUAUCCGGGCUAUGGAUUGGACGGAGGAGCUGGAAGGAGCUGUCCAAAGACUCAAGGACAUAUUGACAUCUGAGACAGUCGCCCUGUUCGCGCCUUGUUUUAAUGACGAAGUGGGACGACCCUUCAUCCUAGAAACGGAUGGAGGACCUUUGGCCGUAGGAGGUGUGUUGAUCCAAAGGGAUGAGGGAGGAAAAGAGAGGCCGAUUACAUUCGAAAGUAGAACCCUGAACUCCGCAAAACGGCAGUACUCGCAAUUAAAGAAGGAAAUCAUAGCCAUCCUGCAUUGCCUUAAGACCUUCCAGGCCUACCUAUUUGGGAGGCGGUUCAUCUUAAGGAUCGAUCCGACGAAUGUCGCAGGGGCCCUAAAGAAUUACAGGCCUAUAGAUCCAAUGGUAGGGAGAUGGGUAAGAUUCAUAUGGCAGUUCGAUUACAAGAUCGAACGGAUUGCUGGAAUCCGCAACAAGGCAGAUGGGCUGAGUCAGUAUAUCCUAGAUGCACGAGACAACUUGAGUGGGUUCGUGGAGGCUGUCACCCUCAAGAAAAAGACAGGAAGGAGUGUGGCGGACUGGAUAAAAGACUUCUACUUAAGGCAAGCGUUCGUGAGGAGGUUUAUAGCAGACAAUGAGACGGAAUUUGUGAACCAAGAAGUAUUUGGGAUGCUUAAGAGACUCUGCGUACCGAUCAAACUCAUCGAGCCGUAUCACCCUGAGGCCAAUGCACUGGUGGAAAGGGGGCACCGAACCUUGAAGAACACGAUUGCAAAACUCGCAGCAGACCAUCUGGGGAACUGGCCUAGGUAUCUUAAGCAGGCUGUCUUUGCAGAGAAUAUGACUCCUAAAAGGACAACAGGAUGUAUCCCGACAGAGCUUUGGUACGGAAGAGAGAUCGACUUUCAUGUGGAAGCUUUGGUACCUGCAUGGAAUAGGUUAGAUGAUGAUCCGCAAAUGACCACUGAAGAGUUAAUCGAGGCAAGAUGUCAACAAAUCCUUAAGAAUGAGGAGGUCAUGGAAGACAUCGCCAGUCGGGCGUUGGACAGCAGAAUGAGGGACAAAGCAAGAUGGGACCAGGUUAAGAAUGUCAGAAAGGAGCCUCUUCAGGUGGGGGAGAUGGUACUGCUAAGGAACUCGGCACUAGAAAGUACUUGGUCGAGACAGUUGGGAAGGAGGUUCAAAGGCCCCUACCAGGUCGCCAACCGGGUGGGACUGAACACCUUCGAACUGGAAGAUUUGGAUGAAACUGGAUUGAAAGGGCCCUUCCCAGGGCAAUGACUGGUCAGGUUUCUAAAUCGGGACCCAGUGGAACAAUGGCUUCAGGAGGCCGAAGAUAAGGAAACAGAAGAGCCACAAGCUA